GGCUGGCGGGUCGGGGUGAGGGGGGAGCCCUCCCCUUCCCUUCCCGAGCGAGCCGGGGAAAGCGCCUCUGCAACUCCUCCUGCCCCGUCGGUGCUGCCAGCUGCCUGCAGCAUGAUCUGGAAAACUCUCCCGCUGCUUUGCGCCCUGAUGGCCAUCGCCCGCCUGCGGGCCGAGGAAGAGCCACGGAGCAAAUCCAAGAUCUGUGCCAAUGUUUUCUGUGGAGCUGGGCGCGAGUGUGCAAUGACUGAGAAGGGAGAGCCAACCUGUCUCUGCAUUGAGAAAUGCAAACCUCACAAGAGGCCUGUGUGUGGCAGCAAUGGCAAGACGUACCUGAACCACUGUGAGUUGCACCGUGACGCCUGCCUCACUGGCUCCAAGAUCCAGGUGGAUUACGAUGGUCACUGUAAAGAGAAGAAGUCUGAGAAUCCAGCUGCAAGUCCAGUUGUCUGCUACCAGUCAGACAGGGAUGAGCUCCGUCGCCGAGUCAUCCAGUGGCUGGAAGCUGAGAUCAUCCCAGAUGGCUGGUUUUCCAAGGGCAGCAACUACAGUGAAGUUCUGGACAAGUAUUUCAAGAGCUUUGAUGAUGGUGAUUCUCGAUUGGAUUCCACUGAAUUCCUGAAGUUUGUGGAGCAGAAUGAGACUGCUAUCAACAUCACCACCUACAUGGACCAUGAGACCAACAAGCUGCUCAGGGGACUCUGUGUAGAUGCCCUCAUUGAGCUGUCAGAUGAAAAUGCUGACUGGAAGCUCAGCUUCAAUGAAUUUCUCAAGUGCCUCAGCCCAUCCUUCAAACCACCAGAGAAAAAGUGUGCCCUGGAAGAUGACACCUAUGAGGAUGGAGCAGAGACCCAGGUGGAGUGCAACCGCUGCGUCUGUGCCUGUGGGAACUGGGUGUGCACUGCGAUGACGUGCGAGGGGAAGAAUGAGAAGAUGCCCACUCUGAGACAGCAAGCUAAUCAGGAUUUGACUGAGGAGGAGCUGGCUAGAUACGUUCAAGAACUGCAGAAACAUCAGGAGACCGCUGAGAAUACCAAGAGAAUGAGCACCAAGGAAAUGUAAGGGGCCUCCACACUGGAGGAGCCCAGGAGGAUGGGCCCAACCUGCUACCCUGUCCUCCAGUGCUGAUCUCAGUAUGUGGAAGUGUCUGUUACGCUUGCCCAGUCACAGAUAUUUACAUUGUAUAGCGAUGGGUUAUUUGUUUUGUAAUACACAGAGAAUGGGGCCAGGAAAGGGGAGCAGAGCCCACCUGUUCAGGGAGCUUCAUUGCUGGGGCCUUGGAAGGCUGGGAGGGACCUACAGCAGCCUCUGGAACCCUUUCUCAGAGUAGACAGCUGCUCGCUCCAAGAACUGACACGGAUAUGUUGUUCCCCUGGAUUGAGGGAAAGGACAGAGGUCAGUGCUGGAUAGAAAAGGGUAUCUUCAAUCCAUCAAUUGUCAGCACCAGCCUUGACUGCAGAAAUACAGGUCUGGCAGUUUUGUGGCUGAGCACAUGUGCUGCAGGGCAUCAUUAGCCAAGAACCUUGGUGUGCUUACCCUCCCCUUUGGUUCAAGCUCCUCAAAACUGGUCAGCCUGCUGUGACACCUGGAAGCUGUGGUACCAUGCUGCUGGUGUGAGUCUAGCAUGUUCCUCCUUGCUUUCCACUGGACUGUUCCCAGCAGUUCCUCCAGUACAUUGUGGGCUCUAACACAACAUGGUUCCUUUUGACCUCAUCUCACUCUUACUCUCCUUGCCCCCUCCUUCGAGGUGCUAUUAUAUUUUCUUUUCUUACAAUGUUCACAUGCUGACUGCCCCUUUUUGUUUUGUUUUUUUAUUACUUUAUUUCCUAUGGUAGUAAUUCAGCUUUUAUAUGUUUUGUAGUUCUAGAUCUUUCAUGGAAACCCAGCCUUUGUGGUUUUGUUGUUGACAGUGCCAUGCCCAUGCACAGUUGGGAUCGCACCAGCACUCACCCACCACAAACACCACAAGCAGCUUGUGAGCCCUGCUCUACAAGAUGUUUCUCAGAUGGGGACAAGCAAUGCCCCUCAUUGGAAGAAGAGACAGGGGUGGAUUGUAAUUAGUUUGACCAGACACAGAUCAACACUGCAACUCUAGCUCUUGCUCCCUUGGCCAUGUGGUCAGAGUCCAUGCUCAUGCCUCUCUAAAUUGCCCAGAAGGAAGUGCCAAGUAGUCUAGAGACAGGAACCAGACAAUCCCAUUAGUAGGGUAUGUUUAAAAGGCUUCACUACAUAGAAAACUGUUUAGUUGGAGUCUGGGCUGUUAGCCAGCAUCUUAGACUUUCCAUUUCCCUCUGGGAAGAGAAAGUAGGGUUAUUCUUUGACUCCAAGUCUGAGCUUGGAGUCAGAGCUGGAAGCCUCAUUACUCUACAUCUCAAGGUAUCUUUACUUAGACUACCUUUCAUCACCCUCACAUCCCUUCAUGGGUCAUUUUUGUCUGAUACAUUGCUCAGACCAUUGGUCCUAGAUAGAAAUUAAAUACUGUUUUGUUGACAUUUGCCUCUGUAGCCUCAAGCCCAGAUGAUUUUUCUCCUGCAGUUGUCAAAUGUACUUCAUGCACUCCUACAUCCAGUUUCCAUGUUCCCUUCGUGCCCCUACUGUGCAUCCCAAGCAGUUGCAUUUGUGAGCAGCUGUUGCCAGGUGUCUUGCAUCUGAAAAAUCACAUUCUGCUUGAGUGAAGAUCAGCAGGACUUUUGUCCCAACCUUUCCCUUUUUGCACAGUGCUUUCCCUGGAAAGGAAGAUUGAGCUGCUACCUAACAAGUGUAGGAAAAGAAGAAAGCAUGAUCCCUGCCGUGGUUUCACCAAUGAGCCAGAUUUGUUAAAGGCUGUCUGAUUUUUGAGCUGUUUCCCUGAGGUGAACCCAGAGAAUUUCCACUGACUGACUCAGUGCCACAUUUCCAGUUAGAAUCAUACUCUGAUCUGCCGUUCUUGGAGAUUCUCACAAAAUUUGUACAGAAGGAGGCUGGUUCUUUUCCCAUAAUGAUCAGAGAAGCUGUCAUCUGUGAAGGUGUGGGGAAUGAGACCAUAGGAACUGAGGAUAAUGUGGACAAUGCUGCUCAGGGACUGAGUCAUUGUGUUCUGGUGGCACUGAAUUGAAAGUGGUUGGUGGUAUUAGGACUUAUCCUUGUUCCUUCCCACUGGGAUGGGUGAAACAGAUUCACGUGCUGGAUGCGGAGUCACUCUGAAAGGUGACUCCCAACUCCCUUCCAGCUUGGAUCAUUAAAGUGCCUUAGAGAAAACACAACGUUUUGCCUUAAUGGCUUUCCUUGGAUGGAGAUAUGUUAUUGUCUAGUCAGGAAGAUCUCCAACUGGAAGAAGCAGACCAUGUGCAGGAAGGGGAGGCAAAUCCACAGCUGAAGAGCUUCUAUAGACCACAUUAUGCAUUAUAUUCUCUAGUCCACUUUCUGUGGAUUUGUAGUCUAUGAGGAUGGCUGCUGGGGACAGCUGGGGAGGUAGGUGGUGGCUUUCGAGGUUUGCAGAGCUUGAGAUUGUGCUUGCACUUGCACUGGAGGCAAAGGGGUAGGCUGCUGUCUCAGGCUGGAUGAGUGGAGCUCCCUGAAAAAGCCAUACAGCAUAUCCUAGGACAUCCUGGGGCAGUGGGAUAGGACUGUAGUGACCAUGCCUCCACUAUGGAAAGGGCUGCCAACACAUGAAGCCAUUUCCUCAUGCCCUCAAGGGAUGGUGCAACUGUGAGGAGCAAUUCCACCUUGAAGGGCAAUGGCACCCAAAGGGAGCCAAACUGUCUCACCUCUCCACACCCAGGAGAUAGGCAGCCAUUGGGUGAGCAAUGCCCAGGCAGUACCCCACAGCAGGCUGGCCAGUCCCUGAAGUGCAGAAUUCCAGCCAUUGCCCUCUUGGACAUUUGCUGUGCAGGCUGCAAAGGGCAGGGAAGCCUUUUUAUGUUGUUUUGUUUUCCCCCCUCAAAAGCCAAAUUUAAGCAACAAACAAAGAAGUCCCACUCCUCCCUCUGUAAUCCCUGUGUGUGUGAAAUUUAUCAGUAUUCUGUAGGUUUCCUUAGUGCACUUAUUUUACUUGAUUUUGUAAUUGUUCUGAAGUGGGGUGGGGGUGGGGGGUUGGAUAUUACUGCCAAAUAAAUGAAAACAACGUUUGAAAACAUAACACUUUUUGGUUUGUUUCUCUCAAGCUACAUUCCUUGUUUUCCUCUUGCAUUAAGCAAAAACAAAACCAACCAACCAAAAACA